CAUUAUAUGAGAUAGCCUACUGUAUUAGCAAUGGUUCCUGUGCUUCCGGAAGACGGUCAUGUAUUAGUUUGACAGCGCACGUUGAAUCAUCCGUGCGAUAGGAACACUGAUGGACCAAUCAUUGACUUCAAGUUGGAAGAUCUAUCAUCCAUGCACAGCACCAUAUAACGUCUAUAGACGCUUUCGACUCGCUAGUCUCCGUGGUUGCCCUUGCUGGCCUGUGUACAUAAUACCUGAUUCAUUACGGGAAGGAUAUAAUACUACGCCGGACAAUUCUCAACACCCUCCCUCUUAUGAUAUUGCCUUUGCAAUGAAUACUGCAGAAUCGGAGGCGCGGCAGAUGUUGGUGCACUCGUACGCCAUUCUUGCGGCAAACAGUAUCCUGAUGUACGACCACCUGGCGACCCUCCCAGAAGAAAUCGCUUUUAUUUGGUAUCGUCCGAAAGCACUAUCUGCAAUGUUGUUUCUCGUUAAUCGCUAUGUCGCUCUGCUGGGCAAUGUCUUUGGCAUGUUUAGUAAUUUCCUGCCGGCUUCAAAUAAGAGCUGUUCAAAAUAUGUGCUAACCAGAGAGGUCUUGCUCUUUUUUCAACAAUUCAUUGUUUGCUCCAUAUUGUGUCUUCGCACUUAUGCUCUUUACGACCGUAGUAAGCGCCUGCUUGGUUGGAUGAUAAUCAUCGGCCUUGUUCUUGGGGGAGGAGCGUUUGCCGGAUCCUUUAUAAAUGAUUCAGGCAGUGCGACCAAUAUGGUAGGAGAUUGCCAUGAAACGUACACAGUAGAGACAGCCGCCCGUCAUGGGGUGGCAUGGCUAGCAUUAUUCGUCUACGAAUUAGUCAUGUUUAUCCUCACAGUGUUCAGGACUUGCAAAACUAGGGAAUCGUUACGGUUUUCUCUGCUAACAUCCAGGAGAAACAUCCUUGGUGUCAUGUUUCAAGAUGGUACGCUGUAUUUUGGGUGAGAGUUGCUAGCGACACUGCGAUUCGAGUGAUCUGAUCCGCCUUCCUUCAGAGUGAUGACGGUGAUUAAUCUACCCAACAUCCUGACUUACUACUGUGGUUCAGUGAGCACACACCCAUAUCUCAUAUUUAGGUCGACUAUUUCCUGAUAAUUGGCAAGGAUAUCAUCAGAGGCAAUCUGGCUACAUUUACUAGCUGGUGAGUGGUCGAUGCGAUGAACACGGAUCGAUCUUACAUCAUGAUCUUCAGCAUCUCCGUCACUCUCAUCUCU